UGCCCUGUCUCUCAAACUGCUUCUAGGGAAUGCUAAACACCUUCACCAUAGUUCUUCUGAUACCCCUAGUCAAGAUCAGGAUUGGCUAUGUUGGUAUUUACACAUUCACAUAAGAAUUCUGGUCAUGGUACCAGUUUGGUAAAGAAAUUAUUAAACCUGGCUGAUGCUUGAAGGAAAGAAAAGAGACUUCUCUUCUAGCCAAGAUGAAAGAUACAAAAGACAUUCAGGAAGCACCAGAGGCAAUUCAGAAUAAAGUCGACAAGCAGGAAGAUAAGAUGGAGAAGCAAGAGCAAAGAGAAGACAAACUUGGAGAUCCCCCAGUACGUUCUUCAGUACAUUUUCAAAAACCAAAGAUAAAGGGUUCAGUUUCUACAACACUGCCAUCAUCAUCUUCAUUAUCCAGUGGAAUAACUCUUGGCUACUAUCUCUCUAGUCCUUGGAUUAGUGGAGUAACUUUAUCAACAACUGGACAAUUGACUUCUAGAGCUACUCGAGGUAAUGAUUCCCAAGAGGAAAUCAGCUUCGAUGCCUUCAUAGUUCCAAAGAAACAGGAUGAAUCACCCAUAAUCGGGGAUGGAGAAGAUUAUUUCCUUUCUUUGUUUGGUGAUUCAAAAAAACGUAUAGCACACUCAAGCUACACUGAGAAAACUUUCAAAUACUUUUCUUCAAUACUUGAAGAAGUUGGCAAGUUUACCUCCAGUUCUCUUGGAGAUGUUAAAAUAGCUGAAGUGAAUGUCAAGGGUUUGUUCAUAAAGCUCGUUAACUCUUCCCUUGACAAAGAAAUGGCAAUUGGAGAUCAUAUUCUCCAGCAAAAUGUGAAUGGACAAACAAUUUCUUUGUACCAAUUCCUUCCAAAUAUCGUGAUGCAGGCCAAUUCCACAGUAACUGUGUGGGCAGCAGCAUCUGAAGCAAAGCAUCAACCUCCAUCAGAUUUUCUUUGGAAAGAACAAGACAAGUUUAGAGCAAGUCCUGAUUGUAUAACAAUCCUGUGUAAACCGAACGGUCAAGCCAUUGCCUGGUACACCCCUAUCCACUGGAAGCAAGCAUGGGAGAAAUUAGAGACUGACAUUGAAUUUGACAGAUGUUCAGUAGUAUCUCCAACAUUCCGAAGGCACAAGUUUCAGUGGACAGCAUCUACAACUACAAUAACUAAAGAAAAAGAAGAUCAACCUAAGAACCACAUUUCAAAUUAUCAGGUGGAACAAACUCAAGUUUUUCUUAAGAGAGAGAAGAAAAUUCCACCAACCGUUUUCCCCAAUCGCAGCCCUUGGUGCCAGAAUCCCUAUGUCUCUGCACAUCCUUACUGUCCUCUGAUCGAACCACACAAUACAUGCAUCACUGGAGACAGCUUGGGUAGACAGCCCAGGUCUCGGUCAACCAGACCUAAUCGAGCCCCAGGAACUAAGAAAAAGAAGACAUCUGAGUCACAAAAGCAAUAGGCAGUCAACUCAACCUUUAAAGGACAAUAACAUCCAAGUCUAGAGAAAGUGAAGAUGCCUAGCAUGUUGCAACCAACCUUCAUCACACAGGAGAGGAACCCAGAAGCAAGCAAGCAAGCAAGAAAAUGGUUUCUUUCAGAAAAAAAAAAAAAAAAAAAAUUCCUUAGGCCUUUACUGUCACCAUUUCUGAAAGAAAAAUGUAGAGUUAGUGGACAAGUUAAAGUAUUUGUUUUCUAAGCAGUUGAGAAGAAAAACACUGGUCAAAAGCAAAACCAGCACAGUCUUUAUUUUGUUCACAUGAAGUGCCCUUGUGACUUCAGUCUUUUAUACCCUGCCCAACUGUUAGGUCUACGACUUUCACAAUUUCUGCAGAUACAUUUUCCAAAAGCAUGUGUCAGUAAUUAUAAAUCUUGGAGUCAAUCUGAUUCUCUAUAAUUGGAAUCUGUCUCCUUGAAGUAUGGGUUAAUUCAGCUUCCUAAAGAAAUAAUGAGUGAAAUUUCUAUGGAGUAACCAGCUGGGAGUUUUUAAACCUGCCUACACUUAUCACAAAUUUGCCAAAAGAGUCUCACCUUUCGACUUCUGAUACUAUGUGUAAAAUCUCAUGCACAGGAACAGGAAAUCCCGAAGGAACAAAAAUAUUUUAAUUAAAUAAUGUAAUAGAGCUAUCUUUUAAAAAUACCAUCCUUAGUAAUUCUUCUGUAGCUCUGUUUCUGUCAACAGUCUAAAAGUUUAAAACAUAAAAUAUGCCCAUUAUUUAUGUUGACCCUAUUUGUAGUGAGAAGGUAUAAUUGCUUCAGUUUUGUGACAAUAUCCUGCCUAUACCUUAUAGUCCUAUUUAAUUUAAAUUGAUUUAUGUAUAUAUUUAUAUAGCAUAACAGGAAGAUAUGGUACAUACUUUCUUGGAGUCUGAGGAGAAAGAGAAAAGUAAGAAUUUUUCUCCAAUAUCUUCUUUUAAAAGACUAAGAGUAAAAUUGCCCCAAAAUCUUAUUGGUGACCAUGAAGAGAAAUUCAAUGAGUUUUGUUGGUUUAUUUCAUCCAAACACCAAAAGGUAAAAAUAUUUUUUUAAAAUAUACCAGGGGAUUCAAACAUAUGAUUUGUUGUUUGUUUUUGUUUUUUGAGAUGAGUCUCUCUCUGUCACCCAGGCUGGAGUCCAGUGGUAUAAUCUCCAUUCACUGCAGCCUUGACCUCCCAGUUUUAAGUGAUUCUCCUGCCUCAGCCACCUGAGUAUCUGGGAUUAUAGUUGUCCACCACUCCACCUAGAUAAUUUUUGUAUUUUUAGUAGAGACGGGGUUUCACCAUGUUGGCCAGGCUGGUCUCGAGCUACUGACCUCAGGUGAUCCACCUGCCUCAGCCUCCCAAAGUGCUGGGAUUACAGGUGUGAGCCUCCACGCCCAGCCCCAACAUAUGCUUUUGUUGCAGGACUUUUCCUUAGUUUAGCUAAAGACAGUUACUGUCCAUCCCAUGGCCACAAAAGGCCAUGAAAAUUUAGGCUCCAAGAUGGUUUAAAGCAUGAGUAAAGCAGGUUUUAUUGAGUGAGAAAGGGAAAAAUGGGGGGAAACAGAUCCUCUGCAAGGCUGGAGUCCCCUGCUAGAGGGCUUCCCAUACUGCCAUUUGAAUACCAGGUUCCACACAGGAAGAGGCAGGCCAUCUCCUCCCCUCUGCAAAGGGCACGAACCCAAGGCUCCAUCUCAGUGGGCAGGCUGAUUGGAGAUUCUCCAGGGACCUCCUCCCACCUCUCUGCCCUGCUUUUAUACCAAAGUUCAUAGAGCAUUAUUCACAAAAGCCCAAAAAUAGAAACAACACAUAUCCAUCGACAGAUGAAUGGAUUUUUAAAAUAUGGUGUAUAAUACAAUGAAAUAUUAUUCAGUUAUUAAGAAAAGAAUGAAGUUCUAAUACAUGCUACAACAUGGAUAAACUUUGAAACAUGUUAAAUGAAAUAAGCCAGACACAAAAGGACAAAUAUUCUAUAAUUUCACUUAAUAAAAAAAUUUAAGGGGAUGGAAAGUCUAACAGAAUUUACUAGGGGCUGGGCUGGGAAGGGGAGAAUGGAAAGUUAUUAUUUAGUGGGUAUAGAGUCUCUGUUUGGGAUGAUGAAAACUGUUCAGAAAAUGGAUAGAGGUAAUGGCUGCACAACAUUGUGAAUGUACUUAAUGCCACUAAAUGGUACACUAAAAAUGGUUGAAAUGGUUUACAAAGUACUUCUAAUAAAAUAUGACUAGUAUUUCCAAGAUGGAAAAAAUCAUAUUCUAGUCUCAAGCAUCUGAAAAGAUAGCCGUUGCUCAACAAAAUAAUUUUACAUAUACUUUUCUGCUUAUGAUGCAACAUAAAUAUCUUCUAGUUGCUGGGCCACACAGUUCACAUUAUUUCCUCAUUCUUUGGACACCCAGGAGCAGACUUAUACAGUUUCAGGAAACUGUCAAUAACAGUUUUUGCCACUUUGCACCAUUAAGUGUUAUCUUUGAAUCAUGCGUUGGCUAAAUCAUGUAGACUGUUCUGUUUUUUUCAUGGUUACUAUAGAAACUGCAGUCACGAUGUUUUGAGGAGACCAGCAGGAAAUGUAAAAGUGUACAAUAAAAGUUAACUUAUUUCAUGGUUGAAAAUUUCUUCCAGCUGUCUCCAUUUGUGGUGAUUAUUGUGUUCACAUUGGGAGUAUAAACAUACAACCAAAAGAGCUCUGGUGACUAUGGCCAAUAAACCAUCUCACCCCUAACACAAUUCCCUCCCAACAUCUUUUCCUCAAAGAUUUGUAAUAGGAAUGCAUGAAACAAGUGAUAUGUAAGGUUCAGGUGUUUUCAAUUACUUCUCUUGUAUGAACAGAAGUUUCCUGAAUCCAAAACAUGUUUCAGCACAAAGGGUUUUCCUUAUUUUUGAAGAUGGUGUCGUCUUAGGAAAAUUUCGUCUACAUAUCUCUGAUUCACCGAUGCUUUCUCAAUAAAGCAUCUCCU